AUGACAACUAAUCAUAUGAAUCGAAAUGUUCGAAAACAUAGAAAAUUAGUCAUCGUUGGUGAUGGUAUGUGUGGUAAAACAUGUCUAUUAUUUGCUUUCAAAGAUGAUCGAUUUAUUCCAACGCAUGAUGCAACUAUUUUUGAUACUUAUGUAGCCGAUAUUCAAGUCGAUGGAAAAACAAUUGAUUUAGCUCUUUUCGAUACAGCUGGCCAAGAAGAUUAUGAUCGUCUUCGUCCACUAUCGUAUCCUGACACAAAUGUUGUUCUUAUAUGUUUCAGUGUUGAUAGUCCAGUAUCAGCUACCAGUGUUAUUGAAAAAUGGGUACCUGAAAUUCGUCAUUUUUGUGGUCAAUGUCCUGUGAUAUUAGUAGCAUGUAAAAAAGACCUUAGAACAGAUCCACAAACAAUUGCAAAACUAAAACAAGACGGUGAAAGACCGGUGACAACCGAUAUUGGUAAACGGAUAGCAGCCGAAAUCAAAGCUGAUGUCUAUAUGGAAUGUUCAGCGAAAACUCGUGAAGGUGUACAAGAUUUAUUUAUUCAAGCUGCUCGUCUAUCACUUAAGAAUCGUUCUCAUAGAAAGCCUGGCGCAUCGUGUGUUUUGACUUAG